AUUUAUCAAGUCUUUUACUGCACCACUUUGUACAAGACUACUUCAGUAGGCAAACAUCCGCUAUAUACGGAUGGAUGAAUAGUGAUAUUAUUAGCUAAAAUAUUGCAUCCCGCAGCCAAAACAGGAUAAUGGCAGAUCUACGAGUACCUGAAUGGCUGACUGCUGAUUUUCUCAAAUCCUGUCUCCAAUCAGACCAAGAGGAUCGCGAAGAGCUCGUCAUCACAAGCCACACAUUCGAACCAGCUGUACCGCCAGGAAACAAUUACGGCAGUAACAUGUUGAGAGCGAUUGUGAACUACAAGACACCAAAUAACGAUUCCUCAGAAUAUUCAGUGUCACUGAUCAUCAAAUCACCAAUGGACGACUUUGUAAACACGUAUGGUGAAUUCGUCAACGAAUUAUACGACAAAGAACCUAUGUACUAUAAUCAAUUUAUUAGCGAGACUUAUAAAAUAUCUAAGCAUAGUAUUGUACCUAAACAUUACAGCUCACCGAAUCCACUCUGCGUCGUCUUGGAAGACCUGAAAGCAUCAGAUUAUACUAUGGUCGACAGACACGACCUUCUAGAUCUCAACCACUGCCAGUUGUACGCCAAGUCUUCAGCCAAACUACAUGCCCUCUCGAUAGCAGUUUACAAGAAGCAUCCUAAAAUAAUUCAAUCCAUAGUGACGCGUAGUCCUGAGUUUACUGAGGAGGCUCUUAAAUUGCAUAUAAGGGUCGUGCUGAGCAGUGUUCAGUGCAUGGCUGCUUUCCUAGAAGACAAGCCUAGCUAUAAACAGUGGUUGAGCGUUAUAAAUGAGUUAACUGACCUCACGUUGCAGGAGCUACUUGUGAACGACAUGGAGGCGUCACUGCAGCCGAUAAAGGCGUUGACACAGAAAGAUCCUUGGUGCACCAACAUCAUGUUCAAAUACAACGAAUGUGGGCAAGUUGUAGAUGCCAAACUCCUGGACUUCCAAUAUGCAGAAUUUACAUCUCCGGUGAAGGAAUUAAUCACUUUUGUGUGGGUGAGUAGUAACCCAGAAGUUCGCAACUCCGGAAUCAACGAUUUGUGUAUGCUGUAUUGUGAUUCUUUGAACAAGCACCUUGAAGAGUUCGGUUGUGAGGAAAAACUGUCCGUAGAAGACAUGAAAGCAGAUAUAAAGGCGCUGAGCUUUCAUGUGCUAAUGGCUGUCUGUGUGAUGCUUCCGCUUUUCUUUGCUGACGAAAGGGCUGAAUUCAAUGUCUUCGCAGCACCCGAUGAUUUGAAUGUGCCCAUAAGAGAAAGUGCUAGGUAUAAAUUAUUUCAGAGUACUUCAUUUAAAAAGUACUGCCCAUUUAUUUUUGAUGAAAUGGAAAAAGAGGGAGUAUUAGAUCACAUUCGAGAAAAAAUUGAACUGUUACGACCACAAAAUAAUAAAACAACUCAGAAUGAAGUGUCCUAAAAGUACAUAUUCUUACUAAUACAGUUAUCAUUUUAUAUUUGUGAUAAUGUACUCAUUUAGAUACAUUAUUUAAUUUUAAUAACAGAAAUAAUUGUUCCAAAGAAAUUUCGCUCACGACAGACUGUUAUUUUCAUGUUUACUGCAUCAUUCGUCAAAGCAAUCAAAACAGAAUAUUAUAAAUCCCGAAAAGUUUCCAUACUUAUUACUUUAUGUUAUCAUUGUUCAUAUGAUAUUGUCAGUGUUAUAUUUUAAAGGAUUAUCCGCAGCUCUCAGUACAAAUAAAUUAUGCAUACGUGGCUAUAAAAAGAGACAAACUGCCCAACAACGCUCAGGAAAACGUAAAAAUAUAACCACGUCUUGAUUCACCACAAAAUUUAAAAUUUGGGCACAUUUUUACUCCAGAACCACAAUAAUUAUCCUUAUAUUAUAUUAUUCUUAUCAAAACCAACAAUUAUAUAAACUAUAAUUAUUAUUUAGAAUAAUUUUUUAAUACAAAUUAGUACUAAAAAGUUUUAGAUCUUGUAACACAGACAAUAAUUUAUACAACAGAAACAUCCUGCGUAUGCGUUACGAUAAACAAUUUUUAAUUUGGAUACUUGUAUUAGUGCAAUGAAUAUUUUGCCAAGGCUAUCUACCACUCAACAGCAUAUCGAUAAAAAUAUUAUUAAUUGUCAUAUUCUUAAUAUGAAUAAUGAAUGAAAAUUAAAAAUAUGUCCUUCAAAUAAACUGCUUUGGAUAAGGAUGUUUAAACAUGCUAAAAUAAUAACACUUGCCUAUACUUGUUGUGUCAUAAAUAUGUUAAUAAGUUACAGAAUCAUUCAAAAGCAAAAAGGGCGCUAAAAAUA